CAGGCAUAUUCUCCAUUUAAGAGUCUAAGGGCUUUGUAGUGCAGAUUUUUCAUGCGUCCACGGCAGAAGAAGAGAUGGCAGCUGGAAUUGGAAGGAGAGCUGGCCGGUGACUCUGAAGCUGUUGAAGCUCCAGCUGCCAAAGCCGAUGCCGCUAAGGCCAAGACCCACCAGGCAUCCUCCCUGUCACGCAGUCGUAGCCCACCGGGGUGCCAGGCGGAGGUGGGUCAUGACAAGGACAGGGUGGAGAAGGUGGAGGCCGAGAACGAGAAGGACGACGGUGAGGCGAAGGCGAACGGGGAGCGCCCCACGCGACAGAAGGCGUACGCUUGGAUGGACAGUGGCGAUGAAGGCAGCGACGCCAGCCGUUCCGGUUCCCGCGAGCGCGAGCCCGAGGACCGCGGCGCCCGCUCGCGCUCGCCGUCUCCGGCCGCGGUGGAGCCGGCGGACGUCCAGACGCUGCCACAGAUGUUGCGCCUCGCUGAGGUGUUGAGCAAACGUCCCAUCAAGGACUUAUGCGAGCCACGGGAACUGUGUGCGGUCUGCGCUGCAGCUGCACGCGUGAAGUUCUAUGACCUGGGCUUAUUCGAGAUCUUAGGACCUGCUCUGAAGAAAUGUUUCCAGAUGGGUUUGGAGGCAUCCGAUGCCAAGCGCUUCAGCUUGAGUGAGGCCCUGGAUGUGCUGCGGGCUUUGACACAGCUCAAUGCUGCCAAGUCUUUAUCCAUGGUCUUCACAGCUGCCAUCAAAGCAAUUGAGGCUGAGCUACGAGGUGGCGGUUCCUUGGAUGCCACCCAACGGAAGUUCCUGCGCGAGACCUACACGAACGCGGGUCGAGAAGAAGAUGUGGCGUUUCUCUCCAAGCUGCGCAACGAUGCCGGACCCCCAGCCUCCACCAAGGAGGGUCUCAACUCCGCGGGGCUUCCCAUGCGCCCCGGCGCACGCAUUUGUGAAGUCUUUGCGAAGAGUGGCACCUGCCGCGUUGGGACCACGUGUCGCUUUGACCAUCCCGAAGGCAUGAAAGUGACCUUCAACUCGGAAGGCUUCCCCCUGAGACCUUGGGCCUCGGUAUGCCCCUACUACAUGUCGAUGGGCACCUGUGACUUCAAACGCAAUUGCAAGUGGCACCACCCGGACAAACGGGAUCGUGCUGCACCAUAGUUGAGGAA